CAUGCCAACCAGCUCAUUCACACCACUACACUGAUCAACACAGGGCUUCUGUGCAACCUGUUACUGCCAACACAAAAGGGUAUUAUUACAACACUUGAUGCUUACUAUCAUUUGGCUUUGUAAAAGAAAAGCAGUCGUUUAUUGUGAGAAAUCCUGUCACUCAGAAUCUGAGACUCGAAUCCAGCGUGUGGAGCGCGACUGACGUGUAUUGAGUGACAGUAUAGUGUUGAUCUUAUUAUGAGUCGGGCAGCGGUGACAACGGAACCCCGGGUGAAAGACAUUGCAUUUUUUAGGACGGCAUUUUCGACUUAAAAGGAAACGACAGAUUUUGCACGUACCCGGAGACCUCCAUCAUCAAGCCUUUGUAAUUCCUCUGGACGUCGACUAAGCGGUUGCAUCCAUAGUAUGUGAAGCAAGCACUCCUGAAGAAGCAAUGUUUUUUUCCUACAGUUUGCUGAUAAGGACAGGGCAGGUGUGAGUGGGGUUGUGGCAGCAACGCUGUAACCGUGACCCUCGCCAAUAUGGUUUGCAGCGAACAGAGUUCUGGCACAUCAGUGCCCAAAAAGGAAACGCAGACCCGCAAAAAACGGAAAUCUCGUCCUCAGAGUCUGCCUUCUCCAGCCCUCUGCUGCGCAUGUGGAUUGUGCAUUAUGUUAGCAGGCAUCAACAUCACCCUAGUGGGCGCCUUCGCUUUCACCACGCUUGUGCCCUCUAGCAAUCCCCCGAUCAUCAUCGGACCUAUACUCCUGCUGGUGGCGUUCUCCUUCUUCGGGGCUUGUUGCAUCUGCAGUCGCUUGCCUCCACCUCAAAGCUCUCGGCGGUCCAAAGGAGGUGGUGGUUUGGGAUUCAUGGGUCGUGGCGGAGGAGGGUUGAGUGGAGGGGCGGCGUUUGAGAUUGAGACCAGUGAACACACGAUGCAGGACACCACAGCCGUGCAGCUGAGCCCUACCAACUCGCCCUGCUCCUCUCGUGCCUCCAGUCCCGAAAGAGAGGCUCCCGCGACCGCCGCCAACGCCACCGUUCCCGCCCCAGAGUACGUCCCUCCACGAGCCUGCAAGCUCUUCACUAUGGAGGCCAAUGGACCCAACUCAGCAGCCUUUUCUGCUUCUACAGGGGGUGGAGGGGCGGUCCGGCUCACUUUGCCCUCAGACUGUGCCGCCACUUAAGGCUGCCAGUUUAGGUCGCUCUCUAGAGAAGGGCUGGUAUUACGUUAUGUAAAUAGCUUUUCAGAGGGGAAGACAAGCACUUUGUGUGAAGAAUUCAUUUGAUUAUCACAGCUGGCUUGUGCCACGAGGUGCAAUAACAAUUGAAAUGUUUGCAUAAAUUCAGCGGGUCGAUUUUUGGAAUCUGCGAGGCCCAUGUGCUCCCAAUAAAAACGACAAAGGUAUGUGAGAAGCAUACGAAGAGCUUUCGCGUUCUCUUAUGCUCCCAUAUCCAAA